GAUCUCCGUCCCGUCCCCAGUCCGGACCUCCGAGCCAGAGGAAGAAUGGGCAACAUGGCGACAGAGAUUGUCGCCUUUCUCCUGACCGUCUCCGGGUGGAUCCUGGUGUCGUCCACCCUGCCGACAGACUACUGGAAGGUGUCCUCUGUGGAUGGGACGGUCAUCACCACGGCUACCUUCUGGUCCAACCUGUGGAAAACAUGUGUGACCGACUCCACUGGCGUGUCAAACUGCAAAGACUUUCCUUCGAUGCUGGCUCUGGAUGCCUACAUCCAGGUGUGUCGGGGUCUGAUGAUCGCCUCUGUGUGUCUGGGUUUCUUCGGUGCCAUCCUCGCCCUGGUGGGGAUGAAGUGCACGAAGAUAGGAGGCUCAGAGACCACCAAAGCUCGUCUGACCGUCCUCUCAGGCUUCCACUUCAUCCUCGGAGGCCUGUGCUGCAUGACUGCAUGCUCCAUAUAUGCUCACAGGAUCACAACUGACUUCUUUGAUCCUCUCUUUGUUGCUCAGAAGUUUGAGCUGGGAGCAGCUCUCUUCAUCGGUUGGGCUGGAUCCGUGCUGUGCAUCCUGGGAGGACUUGUCUUCUGUCUCUCCCUGUCUGAGGGCUUCAGUAUGAGAGCUGAAUAUUCCUACGGUGGAGCUGCGUCAUUCGCGACAGCGCGCAACAAGCAGAGCAAGACGACCAACAGCCUCCACAAGGAAACAGGGGAGCCGUCCAGACAGUUUGGAAGGAAUGCCUAUGUGUGA